AUGACGAAGUACAGGAAACCGAAUGGCGCUUUGCUUGGGGCGCUCGCGCUACUCCUGCUGGUGGUUCCUGGCCAAGCCGGCCUGAUCCUGUUUCCGGUGGACGAGGCGGACCCCGUGAUAGAGUCGUUCUGUGAGGACGUAGCCGCGGGUAUCUUCCCGCAUCCGAGCCCGGCCCUGUGCCACGUGUACAUCUCCUGCACCUUCGAGGAACCGACCGUGUAUCAGUGUGACGAUGGGUUCGUGUUUGAUCCGUCGUCGCUCCUGUGUGUUCCGGGUGAUCGAGAGCAGUGCGUCGAUCCUUCCGAGCCCGACUGGGUCGCCAUGUGUUUGCCCUACUCGUACGCCUUCUUCCCGGACCCGACCCGCUGCUGGAGGUUUGUGCUGUGUGCCCGCCAGGCUGCCACCGUGUUCACGUGUCUCGACGGAGAAGUCUGGUCGGUGGAACGGGAUGCCUGUCUGCCGGGCGAUCGGGACACUUGCGAGGUGUUUGACCCGAGCAACGUCUGCCAGGGACAACCGGAUGGGCUGGUGCCACACCCGGACCGGUGCACCCAGUUUAUUCGCUGCACCGAUGGACAGGCCACCGUCGAGAGCUGCCCGAGGGGUGAGGUCUGGGUCGUCGGAGGACAACAGUGCGUCGUCGGGAAUACGGACACCUGCGAACCGGCGGUUGGCCUCUGCCAAGGUGUCGUCGGAAACGACUUGCUGCCCCACCCCAACGAAUGCCACCUGUUCGUGUUCUGCUCACAGGACACCGGUGCGUCGGUGUUGAUCUGCCCACCGGGAGAGAUCUUCCGGCCGGACAUACCUUUCUGUGUGCCCGGGGAUCGUGAGACGUGCGAGUAUAGCAGCGUGGAGACGGCGUGCGUCGGACGACCUGAUGGGGUCGUGCCACAUCCGGACUCCUGCGUGCAGGUUAUCCUGUGCACCGGAGGCGUUCCGCAGGUGCUGGAUUGCAUGGACGGGUACGUGUUUGAUCCGCACACGGGUAGGUGUGCCGAGGGCGACCCGGAGACCUGUCUGGUGACGGCCGGACGCUGCAGCAACCUGGCGGAUGGAACGAUCCUGGUGCACCCGCUCCGGUGCGAUAUGUUCCUCCGCUGCCAGACCGGUACCGCCGAGGUGCACCUCUGCCCGGCGGGCGAAAUCCUGGACAUCGCGGCCCAAUUCUGCGUGCCCGGGAACGGAGACACCUGCGAACGCUUCCCGCUGGAGACGAUGUGCGAUGGCCGCGAGGAAGGCGGCCUACUGUUGCCCCAUCCGACCGACUGUACCCUCUACGUGGAAUGCAGGGCGGGCGGGGUGGUCGUGGAGGGAAGCUGCCCCACCGGUACCAUCUUCGUGGCACCGGAGCAGACCUGCCGUCUGGGCGGAAACUGCACCCAGUUGGAGUGGAUCUGCGGGGAGUUCCCGGACGGUACGGUUCUGGAGCAUCCGGAUCACUGCGAUCACUUCAUCCUGUGUACGGGCGGGCAACCCGCCUUGCAUCCGUGUCCGCCGGGCGAGAUCCUUCGCCAGGAUGCGCAAUUCUGUGUUCCGGGACGAUCGGAUACCUGCGAGUUCGAUGCACUCGAGGAUAUGUGCCGUGCGCAGCCAGACAACACACUGUUCCCACAUCCGGUUGCCUGUUACCUAUCCGUCCGGUGCCUCGGAGGCAUCACGACCAUCGAACGAUGCCCGGCCGGAAGUAUCUACGACGCACCGAGUCGAUCCUGUGUGGUUGGUGAUCAGGCAACAUGCGAACGGCACAGCAACCUAUGCGACGGACUUCCGAACGGGGCGAUUCCCCAUCCUACGGAGUGCGUCAGCUACAUCGCCUGCAAGGAUGGCCAAAUGAUCGUGUGGCUUUGCCCGCCGGGAUACGUGUUUAAGGAAUCGCUCGGCCUCUGCGCGAUCGGUAACACGGAACUCUGCACGCUCCUGGACGAUGGCGUAUGCAGCGGCCUGCCCGACGAUACGAUCCUGGCCCAUCCGAACGAGUGCCAUCUGUUUUUGCGCUGCUCCUGGGGUCACCCGCUGUUGGAGCAGUGUCCGGUCGGUGAAAUUCUAUUCGCCGAGCAACAGUUCUGUGUCCCGGGAGCGGUGGACACGUGCCAGAGGCAUCCGGUGGAGUCGAUGUGCCAGGGUGUUCAGGACGACACAAUCUACCCCCACCCGGACGGGGGCUGUACGGAGUACGUGGUGUGCACGGGAGACCAGCCCGGGGUGGGAAGUUGCGGGGCCGGCCACAUAUUCCACGCUCCGAGUGGUUCGUGUCGCCCGGGCAAUACCGAUACCUGCCGGUUGUUGGGUGGCGUGUGCGGUGGCCAACCGGAUGGGACGAUCCUCGAGCACCCGAACCUGUGCGGACACUUUGUGCGGUGUGCGGCGGGUGAGGUGGAGCUACACGAGUGUCCGGCGGGCGAGAUCCUGCGUCCCGAUGCCCAGUUCUGUGUGCCGGGGAACGCCGAUACCUGCACGUUCGAGCCGCAGGAUUCGAUGUGCUUGGGGCGUCCGGAUGGGCUGCUGUACCCGCAUCCGACCGACUGCGGGAUGUUCGUGCGCUGCGAGGGGGGCUCGGCCGUGCUGGAGUGGUGUCGUCCCGGGACGAUCUAUCGGGCGGCGAGCCAAACGUGCGUCGCGGGCGAUGCCAACACGUGCCAGUUCCUCGAUGGGUUCUGCGCCGGGCUCCCGGAUGCGGUCCAUCCGCACCCGGGCGGCUGCGAGCUGUUCCUGAUGUGCACGUCCGGCAUCACGACGGCCUUCCGGUGCCCGGACGGCGAGAUCCUGCACCCGGAGCACCUGGUGUGCGUGGACGGCAACGCCGGGGACUGUUCGCUCGCGCCGGUCACCACCGAGCCACCGAUCAUCUCCGUUUGUGAGGGUCGCCCCGAUGGCAACUACACGCAUCCGCUGCUCUGCUACCUCUUCAUCCGCUGUACCGAUGGCCAAACGGACAUCCUGACGUGCCCGCCGGAUCACAUCUUCGUCGGGGCGAUCCGUGACUGUGCGCCCGGUGAUCAGGCCACCUGCAUUCCUGGCGUCCUCGGUGAGACUGACCAGGGUGAAAACGUUUGCGACGGACUGCUGGUCGGUAUCGUGAUGCAUCCUUCGAGCUGUUACAAGUACUACUCCUGCUACCGGGAGGAAGCCACCGAGGAAACCUGCCCGACCGAUACGAUCUUCGAUCUGGACGAGAUCACCUGCGUACCGGGGAACCAGGAAACGUGCCGGAAAGAAGGCGACGCAGUGCCACUCCCGAGCGACAUGUGCCGCGGAAUCGUCCUCGGCACGAUGCUGCACCCGGAGGACUGCACGAAGUACGUGAGCUGCCUGUUGGGAAGUGCCCGCGAGCACUCCUGCCGUCAAGGGUUCAUCUUCUCCGAGCGCCUGUUUGUGUGUCUCCCGGGGGAUCCUAAUUCGUGCGUGGUGACACUGCUGCCCACGACGUCGACGAUUGCACCGGAGGACAUUCUGCCCAUCCCCAGUGAUAUCUGUCGGCAGAACAGUGUUUCGUUCGGAACUCUGCCACAUCCGCAGUUCUGCACGCGCUACAUCCUCUGCGCCCUGUGGAUCCCCAUCGAGCGCGAGUGCGACCGGUUCCAGGUGUUUAGUGAGCGGUUGUCCAUGUGUCUGCCAGGGCUGGUCAAUAGCUGCCGGCCCAUCAUUGGCCGAUAG